CCGUCUGUUGGUGGCGUGUGAGAGCAGGCGGACAGAUUAAGGGAUUAAGGCUCCGUUAAGCUGCUGCUGAGAAGGUCGUGAGCUCGGUGCCCAGGAGACAGCCGCUAGCUUGUAGCCACGUCCGCUCACCUCGACGCAAACAUGCAAGAAUGGGCCAACCACUUAUGCGAGAAUCGGCAAUUUGGAGCCAAGAUGACGGAUUCCAAGUACUUCACCACUACCAAGAAAGGUGAGAUAUUUGAGCUCAAGGCCGAGCUCAACAGUGACAAGAAGGAGAAGAAGAAGGAAGCAGUUAAGAAAGUCAUUGCCUCCAUGACCGUUGGCAAGGAUGUCAGUGCCCUGUUCCCAGAUGUUGUGAACUGCAUGCAGACCGACAACUUGGAGCUGAAGAAGCUGGUUUACCUCUAUCUGAUGAAUUAUGCCAAGAGCCAGCCCGACAUGGCCAUCAUGGCUGUCAACACUUUUGUUAAGGAUUGUGAAGACCCGAACCCUCUCAUCCGGGCCUUAGCAGUACGAACGAUGGGCUGUAUUCGUGUGGACAAGAUCACAGAGUACCUCUGUGAGCCACUGCGGAAAUGCUUGAAGGAUGAAGACCCUUAUGUGAGGAAGACCGCUGCUGUUUGUGUGGCAAAGCUUCAUGAUAUCAAUGCGCAAUUGGUGGAGGAUCAGGGUUUCCUUGAUACUCUCAAAGACCUCAUCUCUGACUCCAACCCCAUGGUUGUUGCAAAUGCAGUGGCAGCACUGUCGGAGAUCGCCGAGUCCCACCCGAACAGCAAUCUGCUGGAUCUGAACCCACAGACCAUCAACAAGCUGCUGACAGCCCUGAACGAGUGCACAGAGUGGGGGCAGAUUUUUAUUCUUGACUGCCUGGCCAAUUACACACCCCGUGAUGACCGCGAAUCUCAAAGCAUCUGUGAGCGCGUCACUCCUCGACUCUCUCACGCCAACUCUGCGGUGGUGUUGUCUGCGGUUAAAGUCCUCAUGAAGUUCAUGGAGAUGCUCCCCAAAGACUUGGACUACUACAGCACUCUGUUGAAGAAGCUGGCGCCUCCACUGGUCACACUUCUGUCUGCAGAGCCUGAACUGCAGUAUGUGGCUCUGAGAAACAUCAACCUCAUUGUUCAGAGACGCCCCGAAAUCCUGAAACACGAGAUGAAGGUUUUCUUUGUCAAGUACAACGAUCCAAUCUAUGUCAAACUGGAGAAGCUGGACAUCAUGAUUCGUCUUGCAUCUCAAGCCAACAUCGCCCAGGUUCUGGCUGAGCUGAAAGAGUAUGCCACUGAGGUGGACGUGGACUUCGUCCGGAAGGCGGUCAGGGCGAUUGGCCGCUGUGCCAUCAAAGUAGAGCAAUCUGCAGAGCGCUGUGUCAGCACGCUGCUGGACCUUAUCCAGACCAAAGUUAACUAUGUGGUUCAGGAAGCUAUUGUGGUGAUCAAGGAUAUCUUCCGCAAGUAUCCCAACAAGUAUGAGAGUGUGAUUGCCACUUUGUGCGAGAACCUGGAUUCCCUGGAUGAGCCAGAGGCUCGUGCUGCUAUGAUUUGGAUUGUGGGAGAGUAUGCUGAACGCAUUGACAAUGCGGAUGAACUGCUGGAGAGCUUUUUGGAAGGCUUCCAUGAUGAAAGCACUCAGGUGCAGUUGCAACUUCUCACUGCGAUUGUGAAGCUGUUCCUGAAAAAGCCCACUGAGACCCAGGAGCUGGUGCAGCAGGUGCUAAGCCUGGCCACACAGGACUCUGACAAUCCCGAUCUGAGAGACCGCGGCUACAUCUACUGGCGUCUGCUGUCCACUGAUCCAGUGGCUGCAAAAGAGGUGGUUUUGGCCGAGAAACCUUUAAUCUCUGAGGAGACAGAUCUGAUCGAGCCAACACUGCUGGAGGAACUCAUCUGCCACAUUGGUACUCUGGCCUCUGUCUACCACAAGCCCCCCAGUGCCUUUGUUGAGGGCAGCCGAGGCGUUCAGCACAAGAGACUUCCUGGCAGUGCUGGAUCUGGGGAAAGUGUUGAGAGCCCGGACACUGGUUCUGCACCUGGUGUGACUGAGGCACCUCCUGCUGUCAUCCCGUCUCAGGGAGACCUGCUGGGAGAUUUGCUCAAUUUGGACUUGACCCCUCCCGCCACAACUGGACCACCACCCCCAGUUUCUUCUGGCAUGCAGUUGGGUGGCAUGGACCUUCUCGGAGGAGGCCUGGACAGUUUGAUGGGGGAUGAAUCUGAACCGCCGCCCAUUCCACUGCGGACGGACACUCAGUCUCCACAGUCCCCCUCGCCCCCUGUUGACAGCCCCACUGAGAUUGGUGGAGACCUUGGUGGAGCUCCUGCUAUGCAGAGUGGCUUUGGGGCCCUUCCAGCUGUGGUGCCAGCUGCAUUUGCGCCACCAGUAAGCGGCGGUUUGGAUGAUCUGUUUGAUCUUGGCGGUGGAGUUGGCAUGCCCAUCGGAGCCUUUGUUCCCCCAAAAACGGUUUGGCUUCCGGCUAUGAAAGCCAAGGGCCUUGAAAUCUCCGGGACCUUUGCCCGCCGUGCUGGUGUCAUCCAGAUGGAGAUGACUCUCACAAACAAGGCAAUGAGCGUCAUGACUGACUUUGCAAUCCAGUUUAACAGAAACAGCUUUGGUUUAGCUCCUGCUGGCCCACUACAGGUUCUCACUCCUGUCAGCCCGAACCAGAGCAUCGAAGUGGCUCUUCCCCUUAACACUGUUGGACCAGUCAUGAAGAUGGAGCCCCUCAAUAACUUGCAGGUGGCUGUUAAGAACAACAUUGACGUCUUCUACUUCAGCUGCCAGUAUCCCAUCAGCAUGUUGUUCGUGGAGGACGGGAAAAUGGAGCGACAAGUGUUCCUGGCAACAUGGAAAGACAUUCCUAAUGACAACGAGUCCCAGUUUCACAUCAAAGACUGCCACCUGAACUCAGAUGCAGCCUCUAACAAACUGCAGGGCAGCAAUAUCUUCACCAUCGCCAAGAGAACAGUGGAGGGUCAGGACAUGCUUUAUCAGUCCAUGAAACUCACCAACGGCAUCUGGGUUCUGGCGGAACUGAGGGUGCAGGCCGGAAGCCCCAACUAUACGGUCUCCCUGAAGUGCAGAGCUCCAGAGGUGUCCCAGUGUGUGUACCAGAGCUACGAGGCAGCGCUGAAGAACUGAGCGUCUGCAGACCCACCACCACAUCCUCAACGCGCGCCACAAGGACGUGCCCAACAGCCGCCCAUCGAUUUUUAGAAUCAGCAGCUGGCUCCUCUCUGUCGUCAUAUUUAUUUUUGUCAGUUACAGUGCUGCGUACAUCAGGAAGUGUUAAGAGGACGUCCGCAGCUGAGAGUGGCGUGUGCUUGACCUUUGUCUUCUCCCUCUCCGUCCUCUCCGGGUGGCUUCACAGGCAGGAGCAGCUUCAUCCCUGUCAUUCCAGCCAGUGCCGUGUGCUGUGUGUCCAGCGCAGAGAAAUCGGUUUGAAAAUGAUAGAGUUAUUAA